GGCCCCUCUCCCCUCCCCCAAAAAAUAUAUACGUUUUGUGAGAUCGCACCCUCCCCACUACGUCUUUCGUCCAUCGCUGAGGAUGCAUAUCGUAGCUGUACCUCAAUAGAACACAAAACAUAGCACGUUUUUCGCUGACGGUCCACAGCUCUAUCCCUCUGCUCUUACCCAAUAUUCGUACCAAACUCUGUUUCAGUUGUGCAUACACGAUCAACAACGAAACAAACAAGGAAACACAUUAGCGCACUCAUCUCCGUCGCAACGUUUUUUUUUUAAGCUCCAAUACCUCUUGUACCUAUUUUAGUUUUUCUGCUUACACGCAACCUCCACUCAAUAAACCAAACCUAUUUCUUAUCGCUACUCUCGUGAAGGUGUGGAGUCUGCUCUUUCCGUUAUUUUCACCCGUUUUUGAUUUCUUUUUUCACCCCCAUGCAACAACUCGUGUAGGUCGUCUUCACUCCUGUUACUUGUCUCUCUCCAUCUGUCCGUGUUCCGCUUCGACUAUGGCGCACGUGUUCGGGCGGCUCUUCUCUGGCGUGUGCCAGCUGACAGUGGUGGGCGGAUUGGCGGCGGCGGUGUACUGCCGUCGUGAGUACGGCAACAUGGACACCGGCGCCGUCAGCACCGCGCACUCCCUCGUCACCUACAGCAAGGACGACCGCCGCGACAUAUACGACGUGGCCGUUGUCGGCGGCGGCAUCGUCGGCGUGGCCACGGCGCGCGAGAUUCGCCAGAAGUACCCGCACAAGCGCGUCAUCCUCGUCGAGCGCGAGGCGGACGUGGCGCAGCACCAGUCCGGCCACAACAGCGGAUGCAUCCACGCCGGCAUGUUCUACCCGCCCGGCACCGCCAUGGCACGUCUGUGCCCGCGCGGCCACGGCAUGAUCAUCGACUACUGCCGCAAGCACAAGCUGCCCUACGAGCUGUGCGGCAAGAUGAUCGUCGCGACGGAGGAGAGCCAACUGCCGACGGUGCAGCAGAUGUACGACUGGGGCACGAAGAACGGCGUGAAGGGGCUGGAGAUCAUCCACGGCCAGGAGGAGAUCCAGAAGAAGGAGCCGCUGGUGACGGGCCUCUCGGCGCUGUGGUCGCCCACGACCGGCAUCAUCGACUUCGCGGCGGUGACGCGCUGCAUGCUGCGCGAGAUGGUGGCCAACGCCAAGAGCAACUUCACCACGCAGUUCCAGUUCGACGCGCAGGACUUCGUGGGUGUGUCGGUGGCGAACACGAAGGGCCCCGGUGCAGAGGAGAUGGUGCUGAUCCGCGGCCGCGAGCGGAACCACCUGGGCCCGGAGAAGACGAUCCUCGCGCGGAACGUCAUCACGUGCUGCGGUCUCAGCAACGACGUUGUGGCCAAGCACUCAGGUGGUAUUCUGGAAUGGGUAGGCAAGCGCGUGGUGCAGACCUACGGCUUUCGCGGCCGUUACUACCAGUUGACGCCGGAGCGGAAGGACAUGGUGCACAUGCACGUCUACCCGUGCCCGGACAGCCGAAAGGGUUUGAGCGUCGGUGUGCACUUUACACCGACAGUGGAUGAGCGCCGGGGGCGCCAGCUGAUCAUCGGUCCCGGCUCCGCUAUGGCCUUUGACCGCUACGGCUACACGCCCUACACGAUCGACUUGGAGUACUGUCUCAACUGCGCCUUCAGCAAAGGCGGGUGGGUGAGUCUCAUCUCCAACUUCGACGUCAUUUGCCAGACGUACUACAUGGACUUUAGCAAGAAGAUCUUUGUGCGUGAAGCUCAGAAGCUGAUCCCCUCGAUUGAGGCGAAGGAUAUCACGGACAGCUUCUGUGGUGUGAUGGCGAUCGGUGUGGCCCAAGAUGGCACCUUGAGCAUGGACCUCGCGAUGGAGUUUGCUCGGCCGCGCGUGACUUUGGAGGCGACGAUGGACGCGAAGAAGAUUCUGGAUGCAGUCCGCGAUACUUCGCACGAGGGCAAGGCGCUGGUGACGCACGGAAGCGGUAAGCCGUUGAUUCUGAAUGUGCGCAACGCGCCAAGUCCGGCGGCGACUGCAUCCAUGGCCAUCGCAGAGGACAUUGUCGAGGUUGCCAGCUCUCGCUUCAGCUGGUAA